GGAGACGAAGCGAGCGAAUCAUAAAUGAUAAAACAAACAGACAAAAAGCGUGAAAAUUGCUACGGACCGAUGAGCACAGUGUUCUCUGUCGAGGAGAUGGGUGAUCCGUCGUGGUCGUCGGCGGGUUCGACCACCACGGCGAUGAAUCGGAGUGAGUCGGAGUGGUUCCUGCAGCAAUACAUCGAGGAGAACUUCCCGCCUGCGACGGCGAUUUCUGUGCCCCCGUCGACGAUCGCCGAUUCCUCGGCCACCGCCGACGAGGUGGAGGUCCUGGAUAAUGAUAAGCACAAUUAUUAUCGUCAGCAGCGGUUGGAUCGUCCGUAUUCGACGGCUCCGGUUGAUCCCGACGAGUACCGCGCCAUUCUUAAGAGCAAGCUCCAUAUGGCUUGCGCCGUCGUUGCUCAACGGGGGUCGUGUUCAAGCACUGAAGAGAAUGGUAAUGUAGCGGAGAGUCAAUCGCAGGGGUCAAAGCCAUCGCAGUUGGGAUCUCAAGCUCAGGAUAAAGGUACUGGCCAUAAUUUCUCUAUGGCACAAAGUCAUGCUGAUGGUGGACCACUUGGCAUUCCAGCAUUACCAACUUUGCAGGUAAAAUCAGGGGUACAAGUUAGACAAGCAAAUAGUGGAUCAUCAAGAGAGGAUUCAGAUGAUGAUGAACUUGAGGGAGACAUGGAAACCACCGAUAACAUGGAUCCUUCUGAUGAAAAACGUGCUAGGAGGAUGCGUUCGAAUCGAGAAUCAGCUAGACGCUCUAGAAGAAGAAAACAAGCACAUAUGAAUGAACUUGAGGCACAGGUUGGUCAACUUAGGGUUGAACACUCUACAUUGUUGAAGCGUCUUGCUGAGGUGAAUCAAAAAUACGAAGGUUCUGGUGUUGACAACAGAAUUUUAAAAGCUGAUAUUGAGACUUUGAGAGCAAAGGUGAAGAUGGCUGAAGAAACCGUUAAGCGGGUGACAGGUUUGCCGGCAAUGAAUCUAGCCAUGGCCACUGUACCUAGCGUGGGAAUGGCAUUUGUAAGCAGCCCGAUGAAUGCAUCUACAAAUGCUGCUUUACCAAUUCCACCAAAAUCCAACCAGUUCUUUCACCAGCCAGUUCCAACUGUUCCUCAUCAUCAGAGACUGGACGGCGGUUUCCCCAGCAACUCUCCAAUUCCUCUUAUUGGAAACCCGCAGAAAGAUAUGGCGGGAAACAGAGUAGCUGAAAUGUCAACGAUGCAGUGCAGAGCUAGCGUGCAACAAGUGGAGAAGCAGAUAUCCCCAGAUGCUAGUUCGCAUGGAACAAUGCCCGGUUGGGACCCUGAAAUUUCUCAUACAGCUGCAAACAAUAACAAACAGAAUUGACCAUAGAGCCUCCCUCCCCUUGCUCCUUUCCUAUUUUCAGAUUGAGGAGGCUUGGAAGGUUGCCCCGCAGAAUAAGUAGUUGUUCAUAUUCAUUUAUGGGUAUUUAUUUCAGCUGCAUUUUUGUAAUUAUUACUUAUGUUUGGUUUGUUUCGGCAUAAAAUGUUUUUUUAUUUUGAAAA